GUUCACACCAUUCUAGCAAGGAUCUUUCCUGCAGUGGCCAUGUUUGUUGAUGUGUCACCAAAGAUGGUGGAUUAAUGAAGAUUAGGACCUUCACGUGGUCAAUAGCUCCCUCAGGACUUUUACGAUUGUCAGUUCCGGGUUGGUCUACUUAGUUAAUUGACUUUCAUUCAACCAGAAAAAAACUGGGGAAAAAAGCGAGAGGGGUGUCUCGUUUUCUUUCCGUCUCUGGUGUUACUGUCACCUCAGCGACUUGUUGGGGGUAACCAGCUGAGCUGGAUCAGCUGUCAAGGAAAGUGUCGAUUUUUUUGAAACAUCGGAACCUUACAAAAUGGAUAUGUCAUAUAAGGUGUGAAGCUGAGGAAAACCAUGGAGCAGUCUGACCCAGCCUCUGCCUCAGACCUGGCCCAGGAAUCAGAGGUCAACUCCCUGCCAAAGGGGUCAUCAGUGGUCAACAAGAGCAACAGGAGUGACACAACGAUGGAGGAAAAUGAGGUCUGUGCAGAAAGGGGGAAUGACAUCAAACAGGAGAGUCUGGAGGGAGAUGGAAUACAACACGAGAAGAAGAAAAAGUGCCAGCAAGAGGGUGGAGAGGAGUCUGUCAAUGUGGACAUUAGCUGUGAUAUUGGGACAGCAUCAAUUGAAGACGCAAGAACUCUUGUAGAUGAGAACACUGAACGUCCACUCUCGGUCUUGGAUGAGGUAAUGGAAAGCACCAACUCUGUUUUAGAGGUGACGAUAGAAAGCUUGUCGUCGCUUCUGGACAAGGCAGUGGAAUCUCCACCCGCUAUUCUAGUUGGAGUGGGUGACUGCUCAACCUCUAUUCCGAACAGAUACGCAGAAUCUCAACCAGCUGGUGUCGAUGGCCCCUUCAAAUGCUCCGUGGAACCCUCCCCCACAAAGGAAAACGUCACCAAUAGCCCAGCCACACCCUCCACACCCAGCUCUGCCUUUGCGGACCCUGGAAUUUCCAGUCCACGAACGAUGGCCCCCAUGAACACCAACUCUUUGCCCAGCCCCUACGACACGGACUGCAGCCGUAAGCUCAUGACUCAGAUCCAGCGGUCGGUCUCCCAGGAGUCCCUAUUGGAUGAGCUGGAGCAGGAGCUGUUCUCCUGCCAGCUGCCUGAGAGAGGGGGAGGGGGCCGCAAGGGUGGACCCCAUGUAAAUGGCAUGCAGGCUGACCAGGACGGCUCCCCAAUGGUUUUCGAGAAGUGCAUCCAGUAUAAGUAUGUGCAGCAGGAAAAGGCUAUUAAAAGGCUACUGGAUGAAAACAACAAGCAUCAGGAGCUGGUCCUGGGUAUCUGCUCAGAGAAGGACACCAUGAGGGAAGAACUGAAGAGGAGGGUGGAGACUGAGAAAAAGCACAUGGGCACCGUGAAGAAGUUGGAGGGCCGGGUGGAGGAGCUGCUGAGGGAGCUGAAGGAGUCCAGGGACAAACUGGUUUACCAGGAUGGCGCCGCGAAGAACGCCCUGCAGCAGUUGCACAGAGAGACUGCCUACCGGCUGGAGCAGGUAAGCUCCCGGAGAAAGAGGAUGUCAAGAAGACCCUUGCAUAGCAGUGCACGACAGUCUGAGACAGGUAGAAAAAAAUUGUCGGACAAGCAGUAUAAUAGAUUUAAAUUAGCUCAAUGUGUCUUCAGCAUGCAGGCUGAUUUGGAAAACGUUUUGAUAGACAAUGAAUUUAUGUUAUGUUCUCCAGGCUCCCUGAAUGCGCGGCACGGCGGCAGCAGCAUGGAGGAGCGCUCACUGGAGAGCCAGUCGGGCCCGACCGUGGUGGACAGCUACCCCGAGGUGGACAAGGCCGUGCUUGUGGAGCGUGUUGUGCGUUUGCAGAAGUCCCACGCCCGCAAGCAGGAGAAGAUAGAGUUCAUGGAGGACCACAUCAAGCAGCUGGUGGAGGAGAUCCGCAAGAAGACAAAGAUCAUCCAGAGCUAUGUGCUGAGAGAGGAGUCGGGCGCCCUCUCUUCAGAGGCCUCAGACUUUAACAAAGCCCAAUUUGGCAGCGGGGGCAUUAUGGCCUCCCUAUACACCUCCCACCCGGCUGACAGCGGCCUGACCCUUGACCUCUCGCUGGAGAUCAACAGGAAGUUGCAGGCCGUGCUGGAGGACACGCUGCUCAAGAACAUCACACUCAAGGAAAAUCUUCAGACGUUAGGGGCGGAGAUUGAGCGACUUAUCAAACAGCAACGAUAGCUGGAGGACAUUGCUCAGAGGAAGUUGCGCAUGCUAGACGACAGUGUCUGAAGGAAAUUAUAGAGGACCAAGUGAAGAGGGAAUGUUGAAGACCCCACCAACUAACUAUCUUGUGCCACAUCAAGAAUUUAACUGAGACACACACAUGCGAACACACACACGCACACACAUGCACACACGCAGUGUAAAGGAGAAAUUUGAAUGUUGAAUACCAGUCGCCUGUUCUUUUUGAUAACCCCCAUGUUCUCAACUCUUCUCUCCAAUGGGAUGAGUACUCAGAUCCUCUGACCAAUGGAUUGCCCUACUAC